AUGUCGACGACCCCAUCCCCCAAGAAGUCUGCCACCCCAUCCCCCAAGAAGAAGUCUGGGUUAUUCGGUGAUUUCACAGCCGCUGAAAUCAAGCUCAUCAUGGCCAGUGUCCUAUGUAUGAGUGGAAAGCCCAAACUGACUCUACUUACAAUUCAACUUGACACCGAAAAGCUUGGAAAGCUAAGCAACACAAAGAGACACUCAGCAAGCAGCCGAUUUCCAUCCAUCAAGCGCAAGCUGGAAAAGAUGUUCGAGGAUGAACUGAGCAACCUAGACGAUGGCCAGACCAAUUUGAAUGCCAAGGGCAAGGGUCCAGCAACCGGCCGCGCAAAGAAGCGCCGUGACAAAGUUGUUGACCCGCAGCCUGAGCCCGAACAUGACAUCAAGUCCGAGGCGGAAUCUGGGGAGGACACCAAGAAUGCUGUGAAGGUUGAGAUUGUCAUUGAAUCGGGGGAGAGCACGGAAAGUCUGGUGAAGGUCAAGGCCGAUACCGAUACCGACAUCAAAAUCAAGCCGGAGCCUAUCGACUAA